AUGGACGCGAUCCAAGCGGCGAAAAGGAGGGCGAUGCGGCGGUACCGCCGGCUCCAAAGGAUCGGAACGCUGCUCCGCUGCCUCGAGGCCUCCGCUGCUCUCUUCCUCCUCUCCUGGUCCUCCGCCCGCAUCCCCGCCGGUUUCCUCCGCCACCUCGCCUCCGUCCUCCUCAGCUCCCGCUUCGUCUUCCUCCUCGGCAACGCCAUCGUUCUACUCCUCCUCGCCGACUCCGGCCGGAAAUUUCCCGCCUCUCCCAACUCCUCCUCCGGCGAUUUCUACGAGGAGUUCCUCGAGACCCGCGGCAGCCGGCUCUCCUGCCCCCUCCCGCCGCCACCGGUGGCGGUGGUGUUCGAGGACAAGGCGGUGUGCGUGGAGAUGCGCGCAGACCAGCGGAGCCAGUCGGACGGGGUGGAUCCUCGCAGGGGGGCGCCACCCGAGCUCCCGGGCGACAAGACGCAGGUGACGGAGGAGGAGAUUCCGGCGGAUGCGGAGGAGUUCCGGCGCGCAGUGGAGGCGUUCAUCGCGAAACAGACCAAGUUUCACCUGCAGGAGCGCAUGGCCAUCGUCUCGGCGCCCGCGCCCUUAAACUGUUCCGUGGGAUCACCAGAACCGACUAUUUUACAACAAUAA